AUGAUAAAUAGACUAGAGUCCACUGAAUUGCCUAAUAUAGUCCCCGUGGACGGCACAGCUGAAGGUUUUGGUAUUUACUCUGCCGAACUCCAGAUGUUAUUGAGCAACAGUGGUGACGAAAUAUAUCCUUUUAGAGGACAUGAUUGUAGUUCUGAACAAAGCGAAGCUGAAUUCUUAGAGGCCAGUGCAGAUUCUUCCAUGGCUUAUGACCGAAACACUGGAGGAGCACCCACUUUUCAAAGGGAGAUGCUUCUUAGACAUGAUAUGGGUCCCGGAAAUCAUUUUGCACAGGAGUGGGCCACCAAGGGGGCCACUGAUUCUGGAGCUACUCCAGUGCUGGACAGUCCGAUGCUUUACAGACUUCCCAUCGGUGUGAAACCUUCAGAGUUGAAAGAUGGUCCCAACGUCUCAAACACUAGUGAUCAUCCAGAGAAAACAAUAAUAAAUGAUAUAAAGGCACAGCCUCAGGUUACUCCAAGUAUGCCUUUGGAUCCACCGACUGAUGCAGGUUUUGAAGCCGUAAUGGACAUCUUUAAUAACACAUCUGUGUUACUGAAGGGAGAUAACACUAAUGUUUCCAAGAAGCAGGGAGUGCUUUCUGUUCGUGCUGCAUCUAUGCUGGUAAAGGUGUUUCCUUCUUAUGCUUUCUAUGCUAAUUGCUCCAGCUAG